AUGCCGUCUCUCGGUCGCAAGACCGAACAAAAGGAUGCUGGUGCAUCUUUCGAGUUUGUUAUAAGCUUUUGGCUCAGAAACACAUCCUGGAAGCCCAAAUAUAUGAGCUCAGCAAUCGAGCUUACCCUUGCAACUGCUAGCGACCACCUGACAGGAACCAUACCGCACAAAAUCAUCCCCGAUAAUUUUUUCCGAAUUGAUCCCUCGGGUUUUAAGCCCAGCUGA